UUGCAUACUGCUGUACAGUAUCUUGACUCCUUUCGUCAUUAUUCCGUGAUAACACCCCAUAUUUCACCAUGAUCGCCAAGACAGAGCCCGUCGUGGAAUCCACUGAUGGCCGUUUAGGCCAGUUUAACCCUAUGAUUCGUAAAGAAUCUCUCAACGAGAAGGUCAUCCUUGUUGUGGGCGGCUCCAACGGCAUUGGCGCCAGCCUCGUAGAGCUAUGCUGCGAGAACGGUGCUUAUGCGAUAAUUGGAGACAUUGACGCCGCUAGGGGAGAGCAGUUAGCCAGAAAGUGCAUCCAGCAAUGGCCGGUACAUCAAGAGCCAACUGGUCCUCCUAAACCCCCUCGCGCGAUUUUCAGAAAGACCGACGUGACGGACUAUCAGUCCGUCCUCGAUCUUUUCGACAAUACCUUCAAGAAGUACAACCGCAUUGACCAUGUUAUUGUCACCGCUGGCAGUGCGGAGACCAGAGAGUCAUGGUUCGACCACUCCUUGAACCUUGUACAAGUCCGCAAGGCCCCAUCAGUGAAGGAUAUUGAUGUGAAUCUCCUUGGUACGCUUUACGUCACUCGCGUGGCCAGCGUCUACCUUCGUCACAACCGCGGCCCAGGCGUGGAUCGCUCUAUCCUUCUUUUCUCCUGCGCCGCAGGUAUCAGGGAGACCCCCGUUGUGCCUAUUUACCAGGUCGCCAAACACGGUGUCCAGGAUCUCAUGCGCUCCCUCCACGCCAACCUCAACUCUCCUUACCGACACAGCAUCCGCAUCAACACGAUCUGCCCUUGGAUGGCCCAGACUGGUAGCACAUUCUCCAAGACCGCUGAGGAGCGCUGGACCAAGGAAGGCCUGCCCUUUAGUACUGCCGAUGAUGUCGCAAAGGUGUCCGUUGGCGUGAUUUGCGAUGACUCCCUCCACGGCGUCUCCAUGUACGUGGAAGGUUCGCGCGCUUGGGGGAUUGAAAGUGAGCGCCCGGAGUCUCAGUGCCUAGGUGAAUGGCCAUCCCAAUCUCUCGCUCAGGGCCAGCGAGUCCUGGAAGAAGUUUUUGCUGCGUGAUGAAGGACGGUCUAUCACACACUCCUUCUUGCCGUCCGAUUUUCCAUGAUACCCACUGUCCCUAAAAUUCUCUAACGUUUCCGUUUUGCCAUAAAUGCGGCUGAACAGCCUCGAAGCUAGAUAUUAGUUAAGACUAGCAGCUAGAGGAUACAGGAUAAAAGACUGCUGUCGCUCAAACAUCCAAUAUUGAUACAUUGGUGAU